UUAUUCGACUUCUUUGACAGGACUCGACAAAGCUUGAACUUAAUAGCCGUCGGAUCUAGAGCCGCCAAAAGCCGACGGACCGAUUCAAGAGCAACAAUUUCGGCGAAUGACCCGCGAAGUGCCUAUUCAAGGAACUUUGUUAGGCGUGACUCUGCGCGGACAGCAAAAGUGGACGGCGGGGCGGAAUUGUACUAUCGCCGUGAUUUAUGAGUAUCGCGCGCGGUUAUUGCCGUGCGCAAAAAGUGUUUUGUUAAACCGGACGGUUGUGCAAUCGUGCGGAUAAUCCGAGCAAAUGCGCGCGGCGACUCUUUCACGUAUAAAUAUUAUCGUCCUGAAAAGUAAGCAAAAUCGAAAAGUAAGCUGCUGCUGCUGCUGCACCGAUUGCCGACAGAAGUGAAAGGAGUUCGCGACACAUCACGCGCCUGUAUUAUUGUAGCACGUCUCUCCGAGGUUACGUGUCCUCGCGCGAGGACAGUCGCGCAUAAAACAAUACCCCUCCGAGUAAUCAGCGACGUUGAAAUAAUGCCAGACGCGGAGCGCGCGGUGAUCUAAUUACGUUCGUUAAUCGUACGAACCGAAGCCGCGACUUCCUCCUUUCCACGAGCGGAGGAGAGCCGCGUUACCGCUUGGAAACGGCUCCACCUUCCCCGUCCUUGGGGGGGGCCUCCGGUACACCGGGAGAGGGUGAUGAAAAUCCGCCAGUCACGUGUAUCAUGCCGGUACGAGCGGUUGUACCGCGGUUGUUCCGUCGAGAUCUGACGCGUUUCUGCAACAGCGAUCUCCACCAUCGGUCGAAAUAUCGAAACGCAACGUGAACCCGACGUUAAUUCGAGGAUACGCACUUGAACGUGGGAAAAUCACCGUACGUGAUGCAACGUCGUCGUCGGGCGACCGCGCGUAGCUCGAGUACCAGCGUGAACCGGUCCCGUUACUAAAACGCGCUUUUCUCCCUAGAGCGGAACAUCAAUCGUCCGUGGUGUCUUGCGGGCUGGUGUCGGUUAAAUGUCGGGAAACGAGUAUGCUAAAUUGUAGAGCGAGUCCGUCGGUGUGCGCACAAUGGAGGUAUCCGCGACCAAUCUGACUUAGCGAGGCGCAUUGGAGAACGCAAAGAUGACUUCACGAGGAAAACUCGUGUCGCAACUAACGCGCGUGCAAUUAUAUGGCAUCUCCCGCUGUUUGAUCCUCCGAUCAAUUGAUUUUAUGUUUGAGGGCCUCGAGUGACUCAAAGUGUUUUCAUUGAAAAUUAACGAUGAUUCUCGCGGGAUAGCUGGCGAUUGUAAGACUUGACGGUUUUGGAAAGUCUCCGGAGAUGUUUUACAACAUCCAGUGUGUGCAAUACCCCCGCGAUGAAUCACACGGCGUACAAGUGUUAAGGACAUGCUGAUGACUCUGACCACGUGCAUCGGCGAUCGAGAGUGUUAUGCGUUUCAUUGAUUCUUCUCGCGCGAGGAUAAACGUCGUCGCUCCGUCACGUAUAUAGCACGCGUAGAUUAAGUGGUUACUUGUGCGGAGAAAUCGAGUGCACUCACGUAAGGCAAGGUUUUACGUCUCUAUCGUCGAACUGCGGGCUCUCCGAGGAAGCGCAUUUAUCGCAUGUGGCGGCUCAAUUACAGCAAUUCAGCGACAUAUCAGAAAUUCCAGUAAACGUUCGUCGUAUACCGUUCCGGAUGUACGGAGAAAGAUGACGCAUCCUGCUUUAUUUCUACGAAAGCUGUCACUAGCUCUAAUACUACUGAUAACGAUAUGCGCGACUGUAACGGAAUCAACUGUCCGAGAAAGAAGGCACAUCGGCAUCGAGGAAUCUAGUCAUCGAUCGGGCAAGGAACACGCGUCUAACAAUAGGGGCACGAGAUUGCCGAGCAGCACGGCGACCAAUAGGAUCACCGCGGAACCCGGAAGAAAAGUGUCCCACCAUUUGAUCGGAGGUCACCUGAGAGUCGAUACGAUACGCCAUGACAACGGCGAGUCUCUAUGGGACGAUGGAAUUCUCAUGUCGGCAGCUGGCAACGGUAAAGAGGGGAAAGGUAAUCGUGGCGGCGGCAGCGACGGUGGUGGCAGUGACGACGAGGACGGGAAAAAAACGCUCUCCCAGCAGGUCAAGGAGGGCAAGUACGGGCUCAUACAGAACGAGAUUUACGGUGAACGCCCGAAACGGCCCGGCAUCAUCAGCUAUCUCGGCAAUCCCGAAGUGCCCAAGGACACAAUCGACAAUCUAGGCGGUCUCGACGAGGACGAGAUCUGGUUAGCCGAGAAUCACGUGCUUGUGCUGAGAGGUGGGAAAUUUCCUGAACAUGAACAGGACAGCCAGCAACAGAAUGGCAACAACAACCCGCCGAAUUGGCCGCCCAUUGACGAUUACAAGGCGCCCAAACGGCAGGUCAAGAUACCGGCGCGGCCGAAGGUACCGCCGCCCUUUCCGGUACAACUUACGGAGGGAGGGCCGGUACAAAUCAUUGGUCCGAACGGUACCGCGGAGGAGAUCGGCAAUGGCACUCUCGACGUAAAUUCCAUCUACACGAAGGGGUUAUUACCGGGGGAAGAUCCGUUCUUCGCAAUUUCUCCAAACGGCACGGCAUUUAUCCCAGAUCUUGGUCCCCCAGGAAAUUUCUCCGUCGAAGAAAAAUCAUCCAGAGGUAACAACGAUCGAAAAGGAAUAAAACCGGAACUUCCACCCCCGCAUGGUACUCUUCCACCUUUCUAUCAUGCCAUACCGCCCGGUGCGAUCUUUGUGCCACCGCCGAGUAAUCAGUCGGAUUACGAUGACGAAGAUCAAUCCAUCUACUAUCCGCCGCCGUACAGCUUCUAUUAUCCGCAAGAUAAUACGACCGCGGUGCCACCAGGUCCUCUGGUGCCCGGCAUCAUACUGCCCCCGCCGCCAGAUUUCUUCUCUGCUCUAGAUGACAAGAAAACUACCACGAAGAAGUAUACGAAACGACCGACAACUACAUCCUCGCCGAGAACAGGACCGACAUAUUUGCCACCGAGAAAACUCACGAUUAAACAAAACAAGGCCUCGUCCGUUCCGCCUUUAGUAACCAAGACAAGUACCACUUCGUCGACCUCCACGAAAAUAUCCUUCGGUCGUACGACAGUGAAGAACGCAACGGAUGCAUUUAAAUCUAAGCAAAAGACGCCUAGCGUGCAAGUCACAACGUUGACAUCAUCUGGGAAACCGAAUACUCUCGAAAAUACCGAGAUAUACACCAUCAGCCCUGUAAUCGGAAAUCAGGUGUCCGAGGCGACGACCCAGCACAAGGACUGGUCUACUCUGGUGACGAGCAAAACAACUCCGGUUCUCGCGUAUUACCCGUCGACCACGCAAUCGUCGCUGGAACGACCGGUGGAGGUCACGCCAGCCUCCAUUAAAAGCAUCAUCACCAGUAGUCAGUCCGGUCAAUCUCCUAACCAUGCGUCCUACUACUUCUACGAGGAGUCAACCGACGAGAAUUCAGAUGUCACGGCAAAACAGUCGCCCAUUUAUUACGAAUCCACCACGAAGUCGCCGUACUACAACGGCGUCGAGACUUCGAAGGAUUACAAGGUGAAGCUUAUCGACAGCAUCGUGAAGAAUUCGCAGACAUUCCAGUACACUGACGACUCGGAACCUACGUCCGCGAAAUUCGAUGCCAGCUCGUCUCGGGAUCAAAGCCAACGCAUGUUGGGCGAUGCGCCCGUUUACUACCAGCCUGUUCCUGCGCGCCCGCUGCAGCCGUACUAUACGACCCCGAAGCCUCAAACGUAUUAUCGACAGACUACGAAGCCUAAACCGGUUUAUCAGUAUAGCUUCCAGGUAGCGGAUUACUCGAAACAGAGACCAUAUCACGGGGAGCAACAGCAACAGCAACAGCAGCAGCAGCAGCAGCAGCAGCAGGACACGUCGAUAUAUAGCGAGUAUCAGGACGUCAAGUCCGGUAACCGGCAAUACGACUACGAAGACAUCGAUUUCCCGUCGCGACAUCAAUCGCCGCGGAAACAAGUAUCGUAUAAGACGCAACAUCCGGUUUAUUCCACGAGCACCGCCUAUCCGAUCAUAGAUACGACACCUAAUCCGCAAUAUGCAUAUUUCACGCAGCAGGACGAGAAGUUGUUGGAUGACGUUACGAAAGAGUACUUCACGAUCUUCGGCAAGAAACUACCGGACGCGCGGAUAACGAGCACGACUCCGAUCUACGGGAAAUCGAGCAGUGUCACGGAGAAACCUGAUCACAGCGUGAAUGGCGGCUACGCGUCGAAUGUUUACAAGACCGGUCGGCCGUCUUACAAAACGCCGAACGUUAGAGUACGCUACGGGGAUCAGUCGCAGCGACCCUAUUCCCUCAAGGACGACACUCUCGUCAACUACCGGAGACCCUUGCCGCCAAUCAAUCCGGACAGCGAGUUCAUCGAGAUAAUUGACCCACCUCGAUUAAAGCAGCCGUCGCCGUUACCGAACUAUGGACUGCAAACGGAAAACUAUCGAUUGCAAAAUCAGGGAGUUGAACAGCAUCGACCGACUCCUCGUUACAGGUUGCGAGGCACGAUACACCCAACGGCCAACGAACACACCAGCAAUUUCGUGCCUUUCUCCGAGUCCCGCGAGGAGUUAGAGAACGUUCAGGAACCCGUGUCACUGUUGGACGACAUAGAGGUCAACUACAGGAAUCCACGUCCCCCCAUAAAUCCCGACGCCGAAUUUAUCGAUCCCGUCACGGUGCAUGAUAGUCACUCGGACAAUCCGAACGCGUACUUCGCGUACCGAUUGCCCGGCGACGUCGGCCACUUUUACUUCCUGACGCCGCAGGCGAUCACGCAACGGCAGGAUCAGAACGGUGGAUACGUCUAUCCAAAGCCUAGGGGGCCGAGAUUACGGAGACGGCCAGGGUAACGUCUGAAUGCGCGUAUCCAACGGCAGUCGCGCGCAAUGCCAUAAUCUCGCAGAUGUCCAAAGUGAUCGCCUGCGUGCGUGUCGGCCGCGCAUACACGUACAUACGUGUAUUAUGAAUAUAUUUAUUAUUCUUGUAAAUAUUGACUUAACUAAGUUAGAUAAUUAUAGCAAUGUUGUUUUACGAUUAAACGUUUAAUUUAUUACGCAACCUGACUCCCCUGUCUUAGAAUAAUACAUACGCGAUUGUAUUCGCGUAUGCGAUUUAUAGUAUGCGCCUCGUCAUCGCAUAUUUGCGUAUUUUAUCUGUGAUGGAAUUACGUGUACAUAUAUACGUAGUUACUAUUGACUAUUUGAAGUAUGCUCUUUGGUAAAUUGCGGCGUUAUUUUGCGAAUCUUUCUCUAAGUUUUUCUCUAUGUGCGAAAUGUGAAAUUAAUUUUACACGGAAAAUAUAUAUGAGUGAUUAUUAUUGAUGCAAAUCUCUAUCUACUACCAAUUAAAUUUUAGAGUAUCUUUUAUAUAUUAAUACAAUCUUUCAUAAAAAUGUGCUAACUAUUUAUAUCCUUCCCAUAAAUGUUACAUUAAUUGUAGUGCAUAUUACUUGUUAAUUUGUCACGAGAUAUUUUUCAAUCAAUAUUGUAUAAAUAUACCAACAAAGAUCACAUUAUGCUUUAUAUCAUUCUAACUGCAAGAAUUUUAUAUAUGUACACAUUUCUAUAAAUAAAUCUUAAAAUUUGAACAGC